AUGUCCAAGAUCUUCACUCUCUUUACCGCCCUUUCCGUCGUCCUCUCCGCGACCCAGGCUGCUCCUACCACCCACGAGCAACCCGAACCCGCUCACGUCCCCGCUCCCGCUCAUGAGCCCGUUCAUGAACCUGUUCAUGAACCAGUCCACAAGGCCCCUGUUCACCUCCCUGUUCACGAGGCGCCCGAGAUCGUGGUCCCAAAGCACCUCACUUUCGAUCGAUGGGGCGGCUUUGACUCUCUGAAGGGCUUCGAUAACUUCUAUGGUCUCGACAACUUCGAUGGCCACAGGUUUUCUCAAGUCAUCGUCAAGCCCAAGCACGAGUUGGUCUGCCGUGUCCAAAACGUUCACGUCGUCCAACAGCGCUUGCUCGUUCUCCAAGAGCUCGCCAAAAGGAUUAUCACCGAAAGGGUCUGCGAAGUCGAGGCCCAAACCAUCCUCUUCGAGCAGUUCCACGGCGGCUUGCGCAGCUUCGAGCGCGACCUGCUCCGCCUCCCCGGCGCGCACCAAGUCGGCUACGACGAGAAGAUCGUCAGCCACUUCCCCAAGUUCUUCAACAAGGACGGUUCGCUCAACGAUGACGACUGGGGCUUCACUGGACACGAGCUCGGUCGCAACACUGUCAUCGUUCGCGGCCACAACUGGGACGACAGCCGCUCGUUCAAGACUGUCAGGGAUGCUUGGCAUGCCGCACGAAAUGCAUGGGGAAGGUUCUGGUAAAUUUAAAGGGUUGGCGCUCGUUUACUACCACCCUUUGGUGGAUCUGGGACACUUCGCAUAUUUAUAGACCUUCCUUGUUGUGUUCGACUCGGUCUUGUUGGUUGAUAGAUACCUUAGUACUUUACACUCAUACCAUGGGUUUUAGUGCCCUGUAUUUUCUUCGCUUGUUGAAUUCGAGACGAGGACUUUUAAUGCAUAUUCAUGACUCGGGAUGUGCCCAAGUCGAGAUACAUU